CACUCACACAGUUCCCCAGCUAAUUGUCGUCCAACUACCCAUGCUUUGGAGAAUUCUUUUGUUGCAAGAAUCCCUAAUCAGUUCAAAGUUGCUGUUGUGACUUGUGACCUGUAACGGUCUCGCUCCACUGCAGCACACCCACACCCACACUCCAAUAAAGCUGAUGUCUUUCUUGAGUGGGAUCAAUAAUAAUCUGUUAACUUUGGACUAGAUUAGCCUAGCCACCAAGUUAACAAACACACAGUCACUGUUUUUCAUAACCUAGUUCCAUUCUUCACAGGCCCCAAGAACACAAAGGUGGAGACUGGAAAGAGAGAGGAGGAAUUUUCCUGCCCCCUUUGCUGCAAUUUUCUAUUCCAAGCAGGCUCAGGUGGCAGGCAUUCUGUUCCCCCUCGGCCCUCCUGUUGUGUUCCUGCUUGCUUGCGGCCAGAACACAGGCAUCUUCUUUUGUGUCAUUUGCUUGCUACUGACUGGUCCUCAGAGCAGAGGCAUCCGGCAUCCCUUCCACUGCCACUGGCAAUUUGGUCCUGUGGGAAGCCAAGGCUGCUGCAUGCUUCUUCCUUGCCUUGGCCUCACCCUUGCUUGCAUCCAUGUUUGAACACGGAAGAAGCUCCUGAACUUGUCGCCGAGGAGUCCCCGGGCUUGCGCUGCCUUGGCAAUGGGGAUGGUUCUUGCUGCUUCAUCCCUGGUGCUGCUCUUGUCCUUCUCUGCUUGCAGGCAUGCAAGUGGCCUCCUCUCCCCCAAGGGCGUAAACUAUGAAGUUCAAGCUCUCAUGAUGAUCAAGAACUACCUCAAGGAUCCUCAUGGCGUGCUGAAGAACUGGGACCAAGACUCUGUGGAUCCUUGCAGCUGGACCAUGGUCACUUGCUCUCCAGAGAACCUUGUCACGGGCCUAGAAGCACCAAGCCAGAAUCUUUCUGGCAUUCUCUCCCCUAGCAUAGGGAAUUUGACCAACCUUGAGACAGUGCUUCUGCAGAACAACAACAUAAACGGGUUAAUCCCAGCAGAGAUUGGCAAGCUAACAAAACUCAAGACGCUUGAUCUCUCCAGCAACCACUUCUCUGGUGAAAUCCCAAGCUCUGCGGGCCACCUAGAAAGCCUUCAGUAUCUGAGGCUUAACAACAACACACUAUCUGGUGCCUUCCCGUCAUCAUCAGCUAAUUUAUCACACCUUAUUUUCUUGGAUCUAUCCUACAAUAAUCUGAGUGGCCCAAUCCCAGGGUCCCUGACAAGGACAUUCAACAUUGUAGGGAAUCCACUGAUCUGUGCAGCAACCACGGAACAAGAUUGUUAUGGAUCUUUACCUAUGCCAAUGUCUUACAGCCUUAAUAACACACAAGGUACUCUGAUGCCUGCGAAAGCUAAAAACCAUAAAGUUGCAAUUGCAUUGGGUGCUACAAUUGGCUGCAUCACCCUCCUCUUCCUUGGCGUUGGAUUGCUGUUCUGGUGGAGGCAUAGGCGAACCCGACAGACUCUUUUCAACGUUGAUGACCAACACAUAGAGAACGUCAAACUUGGAAACAUGAAGCGGUUUCAAUUCAGAGAGCUGCAGGCUGCAACAGAAAACUUCAGCAGCAAGAACAUAUUAGGAAAAGGUGGCUUUGGAAUCGUUUACCGAGGGCAGCUCCCAGAUGGAACUCUUGUAGCCGUCAAGAGGCUCAAAGAUGGUAAUGCUGCAGGCGGGGAAGCACAGUUUCAGACUGAAGUCGAGAUGAUCAGCUUGGCAGUGCACAGGAACCUCCUCAGACUCUAUGGAUUCUGCAUGACUACCAGUGAGAGGCUACUGGUCUAUCCAUACAUGUCGAAUGGGAGCGUCGCUUUGCGCCUGAAAGGGCAGCCGCCACUGGACUGGGUCACCAGAAAGAGGAUAGCACUUGGGGCAGCAAGAGGCCUACUGUACCUGCACGAGCAAUGUGAUCCCAAGAUCAUCCACAGAGACGUUAAGGCAGCAAACAUACUGCUAGAUGAUUGUUGUGAAGCCAUUGUCGGGGAUUUUGGGCUUGCAAAGCUUCUAGACCACCGUGAAUCACAUGUUACCACAGCUGUGCGGGGAACUGUCGGCCACAUAGCCCCUGAGUACCUCUCUACUGGCCAGUCAUCUGAGAAAACCGACGUCUUUGGUUUUGGAAUCCUGCUGCUGGAGCUGAUCACCGGUCAGACUGCAUUGGAAUUUGGAAAGUCAUCAAAUCAGAAGGGAGCUAUGUUAGACUGGGUGAAGAAGAUGCACCAAGAGAAACAGCUGGACAUACUUGUCGACAAGGGCCUGGGGAGUAAAUAUGACCACAUUGAGUUGGAGGAGAUGGUUCAAGUGGCACUCCUAUGCACCCAGUUCCUACCUGGCCACAGGCCCAAGAUGUCAGAGGUGGUCAGGAUGCUCGAAGGCGAUGGGCUCGCAGAGCGAUGGGAGGCAUCACAGCACACCGACUCGCACAAAUUCAAGGUGCCCGAGUUCACCUUCAGCCACUGCUACUCUGACCUUACGGACGACUCGUCACUGCUGGUGCAGGCAGUGGAGCUCUCUGGGCCAAGAUGACACCAUUGCAGACAGUGCGAGACAAGAGGUAUCAGCUGUUUCCCAGUAGGAUCUGUAAAUAAUACAAAGUGAGGCAACUGAUGUUGCAUCCUGUUAGAAACUGAAGCAGAUCUCAAUCAUUUGAACUGUACAAAGAUCAAAGAAGAGCACAUCUUAGGCUAGGCAUGGUAUAUUACUACAUUUACAGGUUCCGUAACUGUUCGUAGGCUAGGCAAUAUUUCCCAUUUCUAACGUAAGGUUCCAUUUUCAUUUUUCCUUUAUAUUCUACUACUCUAGUUCCAAUUGUAAAAAUCAAUUAAUUAACUCUCCCAUAUUGUUGAUGAA